AAGCUUGUGCAGUGAACUGGAGACGGCCCAAAAGCAAAGUCUACCAAAGCGGACCCUGUCCUCACCAACUAACCAUGGAGACAAGUUACACGUGUGCCGUUCUUCUGCUGCUCUCUCUAAAAGGGUUCCUUGCAGCGCCAGCCAACCCAGAGUGCACUUCUCUGGAUAACAUCAUCAGUCACAUCCAGGCCCCCCCAGGGGGUACCAUCCAGUGUCAUCGCAAUGAUAGCUGCACGGGAAUCACAUGCACAGGGACAGCUCUGGCUGGUCAAACAUUCCACACCUCAGCCAGCCUACAGCACUGCAGUUCUCCUGUAUCCAUGAGUGUGAAGGUGGUGGUGCCAUCCUUAGGGGUCAACUACCAACAGACGGUCAGCCACAACGACAUGUACGAGAUACCAGGGUUAAGUGGUGAUGUCCCAGUACUGGGGAUCCAGGAGCACAUACAGGGUUAUCUACAAGUCAAGCUGGAGAAGAAGGACCAGAACACUCUGUCUAUUGGGGUGAAACUUUUAGGUGGAACGGAAAUCUUUGGUAUGAUGGUGUAUCCCCUGGAGUAUGAUGUCAUCCCGGAGCAGGAGAUCACUGUGGCCUCUUGCACACCAGGUCGCCCCACCCCGGUGCCUGUACGUCCCGCCACUAAGCCACCUCUGCCCCCACGGAGCACUGUACACCCUCAACCUCCAACCAGAGGGACCGUCAUACCAAAACCUGUCGUAACAACUCCAGCUCCAGCUCUAAAGACAACAACAACAACAAAAGCGUUGCCCACCACUUCUGUGGUGCCCCCUGUGGACCCAUCUCUGAAGUGCAAGUCCAUUGACCAGAUGGCCAACAAUGUGACAUCCCUCAUGCCCACACUGGCUACCAUCCAGUGUAAAAGAAAUGCAGACUGCACUGGAGUGACUUGUUCAGCCCAAACCAAAUCAGAUACACCAGUAAAGUUUGCCAUGGACGUGACCCUACAUGGAUGUGCAGACCCAGUCUCUAUGGAUGUCACUAUCAACUCUGCUGAGGUCGGGCUGGAUCACACCCAGACUGUCACACAAAAUGGGACCUACCAAAUAGAAGGUCUGCAGGUGCCGAUCGCUGGGUACAGUCUGCCAGCUGUGUACCAAGUCAACAUGGCCAGGGUCAACAAUGGCAUGGAUGUAAAGUUGGUACUAGGCCUGAGUUACGGACCGGUGCAGUACAGUUUCUUUCAGCUAGGGGAACAAGUUAUCAGCAUGCCUGCCUGCUCCACAGACCCAGGCACACCAAGCAGGAGACAUUCUACAGACAAACACAAUACCAUGGUGAUUGUUGGUGCAGUGGUGGGGUCCGUCCUGGGUGUGGCCCUGCUGUGUGUGUUGGGGCUGCUGAUUCGCCGAUGGAGGAAGUCUUCCCUCAGCGUGUACGGAGACAUGCAGGUGCUCAUGAGCGCAUCAAACGAAGACUUUGAACCGCUCACUGUCUAGCACACCCACUCUACUGGAGCACCAGAAAUAUGUCACUUCAUAGUGCUAGUGUGUAUGUGCGAGUGAUGCAUUGUGGUCUAGGUCAAAGUUCAAGAUCUGUUGGACAAUAAUAAUAUUUUGCAUUACGAUAGCGUCCAACUUGAACUUUGACCUAGACCCCAAUGCAAUCCUAAGUCAAAGUUUACGGUGUUGGAUUGUAAGAAAAAAUAUUUUGCAUUGUUAGCAAAGGGUCCAUCUUGAACUUUGACUUAGACCUCAAUGCAUCACUCUAGGUCAAAGUUUAAAAUCCAUUGGAGAGUAGGCAGAAGGAUAUACAAAAUGUACUCAUUGGCAAUGACUUUCAGUAUCGUUUAAACCUCCUUUUGUGUUUUGCAAAAAUGUCUAGACAACAGGGCACGGCCUACCUACUACUAGCCAAGGGGUGUUGAACUUUGACCUAAACCAAAAUGCAUCAAUUCCACAUGCACACUGGGAACUCUGUGAGGUAGUCAAUGGGAGGAGACAUUUCAUAACUGGUUGUUUUCAUACUUAAAGUUUGUACAAAGAAAUCAGUCUGUAAAUAUUCAAUGAUGAUGAAAUAUUUGUUUUGGUAAUUUUUUGCUGGAUAAUCUCCAUUUACAUGUACUACUCUACAGUCCUUUUAGUAUGGUUUGUCUUCGGUCUAGUUUUUGUAAAUGGAUAACAGAGAGACAAAGCUGUACACAAUGGUUUUAGUUUUAGUCGUAAUUGCUGGUGAGUUGUGACAAGUUGUCUCUUGUAGGUCCUUACUGCUGUGUUUGUAUGUUGUAAUGUCACCAUACAUUCACCAUUUUGAUUGUACAUUUUUCUAAAGCUGAUGGGAAUUUUGCAAACAUUCUGCUAUGUAUUUAGUAUCAUAGUAUGUAUUAUACUCUAGAGGUUGUAGAUGCUUAUCAAUGCAAGGGUGAAUU